GGACUCGAGACCAUUUCCGUUAAGCUUCCAAGAUGUCUGCCCACAUAUGUAAACAUGCGACUUAAUCUGGAAGCUACUGGCGUUCAUAUUUAAUAGUUUAAUAUCAACUCACAAAACGCGUUCGUUAACAAACAGACAUCCGUUUGUGGGUUAUUAACGUCACUGAGCCCGAACGGCAAAAUUAGCGAACUAUCGUUAGCGUUAGCAAGGCAGCAGCCAUGUCAGCGCAGACCAUUUUCGUUAAUUCUCUGCCUGCUUCAGCUACAAACGACCGGUUGGGGGAAAUAUUCUCUGAAAUUGGUCCGAUAAAGCAAUGCUUCGUGGUCAGAGAGAAAGGCACAGAAAAAUGUCGAGGAUUUGGUUAUGUCACCUAUUCCAUGAAAGAAGAUGCACAGCGAGCCUUGAAAGAAAUAAAAGAAUACGACGGACAGAGGCUUUCUCUGUCAGUGGCGAAAAAGAAAAUACAAGACAAAAAGAAAACAGCACCGAAAGAGCCACCUGCAGCACCAAAGGAAAAGGAGCAGAAAACCAUAGGAUUCAGGAAAAACAAGCUCAAAGCGAGGCUCAUCAUAAGAAACCUCAGUUUUCAGUGCUCAGAAGAUGAGCUGAAGCAAGUUUGUGGCAAGUUUGGAACGGUUCUUGAGACCAAAAUUCCCCUCAAGCCUGAUGGAAAUAUGCGAGGAUUUGCGUUUGUCCUGUUUAAAAAUGUCUGCGAGGCAGGGAGAGCGCUUAAUGCUCUGAACCUGAAAGAGAUAAAAGGUCGGCAGGUAGCAGUUGACUGGGCUGUGCCUAAGAACCAGUUUAUUGCCACACAGACAUCCUCAAGUGCAGGAGAUAAGAAUACAGUGCAGGCAACCACAAAACACUCAGAAAGCGUCCCAGAGAGUGACACUGAAGAGGAGGAUGAAGAAAAGAAUCAAGCAGCACCUAAGAAGAAAAAAGUCACCUCCAAACCAGCCAUGCCGCAGGUAGAGCAAUCCCAGUCAGAUGAUGAAGAUGACAGUGAAGAACAAGACAGUGAGGGGGAGGAGAUGGAGGAGGAGGAAGAAGAAGAAGAUGAUGAUGAUGAUGAUGAUGUGUCCCAGGAGGGAGAAGAUGAUGAUGCUGAGGGUAGCCUUGAUUCAAAUGAUGAUGAUGAUGAUGAAGAAGAAAGUCAGGAUGAAGAUGAUGAUGAUGAUGACGACGAAGACGAUGAAUCAGCUCAAAAGAAAGCCUCAAGGAAGCCUCUUCAUUCAGAUGUGAACGAGGGCAGAACAAUUUUCAUCAGAAACCUGUCCUUUGACACAGAGGAAGAGGGUCUUGAGGAGGUUCUCCUACAGUAUGGAGAGCUUAACUACGUAAAGAUUGUCAUCCACCCAGACACAGAACAUUCAAAAGGCUGUGCAUUUGCUCAGUUCAAGACUAAAGAGGCUGCAGAAAGAUGCAUUGCUGCGGCACAGGAUGAGUCAGAGGGUGGUGGCAUCCGUGUAGAUGGCAGAAAGUUGUUCAUUGUUGCAGCAGUGAGCAGAGAAGAUGCUUCUAAGCUGAAAGUGAGCAAGGUGAAAGUAGAAACGGGUACCCGGAACCUGUACUUGGCCAGAGAGGGAUUGGUCCGUGCUGGAACCAAGCCUGCCGAGGGCGUGUCUGAAGCAGACAUGAUCAAAAGAGCCAGGUUUGAAAAUUUAAAGAGGACCAAGCUUCGGGACAUUGGUGUCUACGUAUCAAAGACCCGUCUGUGCAUCCAUAACCUUCCCAAGUCAGUGGACAAUAAAAAACUCAAAGCACUCUGCCUCCAAGCACUAAAGGGGAACAAGGGAGUCUUCAUCACAGAGUGUCGGGUGAUGUACGACAAGAAGCCAGUCAAGGGUCAGGUGAUGGGUCAGUCGUUAGGUUAUGGCUUUGUUCAGUUCCGGGACCAUGAACAUGCUCUCAGCACACUUCGUUACCUUAACAACAACCCCAUCAUCUUUGGCUCACACAAGAGACCUAUUGUUGAGUUCUCCCUAGAGGAUUCAAGGAAACUCAAAAUAAAAGAAAUGCGACAACAGAAAAACAAGGAGUUUUCCAGAAAUCGCUCAUUUAAAGGAGGAGCGAAACCUCAGUCCGAGACUGCCGGGGGUGGAAAAGGACCUAAGAAAGGUGGAAAUAAAGCACAGUCCUCAUCAGAGCAGCCAGGUAUUGAGAGAGCUCUUCCUCAGCACCAGAAACAAGACAGACGCUAUUUCGGCUUCAUGACCAACCCGGAGGUCGAACAUGUAGAUUUGGCGGACGGAAAGAAACGGAGGAAGGUUCUUGCAUUCCCUUCCCAUCGUGGACCUAAGAUCAGAAUGCGUGACAAAGGAAAGCAAAAGGCUCCGCCACCCAAACAAGCAAGGCCUGGAUCCAGCAGGAAAGAGCAUCAAAGACGACAAAUGGAAAAGCCCACACAGCCCAAAAACCAGAAGGUCAAAACAGCAAAGAAGCAUUCCAAGAGCAGGGAUGUGGACCGUUUUGACAGCCUGGUGGAUCAGUACAAGAAGAAACUGAUGGGUUACAGUAACAAGAGCAGCAACAUGAAAAGAAACAAGUGGUUUGAUAGUUAAUGCUGUUCGUGUGUGAAGGAGUGAAUGUCAGCAUCCUGAGCUUUUACAGUCAUAAAUUUGUUUGUACAGCGUAGUUUAUAAUUCCCACCUCAUUUAUCCUGUUCCUGCAUUUCUGUAAUCCGUGCUGAUUUUUAUUUUUUACUACUAAAAUAAAACAUGUAAGGGUGGUGAAAACUCUU